UAUCCUUUCCCCCCUUUGCCAGAUGAGGCCGCUAAGGCCCAGGGAGCAUGCCUGUCCAAGAAGCCCACCAUUCUUGGCCCCCCUGACGUUGCUGCCCGUUUCUUGUCCCCGCAGGUUCGGGGCGCCCGCCCCCCACUAGGCCAAGUGGAGGGGGUGCCCCCACCCAAUGGGCCUGGCCAGGGCCCUGCGCCGCCUUAGCGGCGCCCUGGAGUCGGGGGAGAGCCGGGCGGGCGAUGAGGAGGAGGCCGGGCCGGGGCUGUGCCACAACGGGUGGGCGCCGUCGGCGGUGGGGCGGCGGCGCGGGCGCUUCGUCAAGAAGGACGGGCACUGCAACGUGCGCUUCGUGAACCUGGGCGGCCAGGGCGCGCGCUAUCUCAGCGACCUGUUCACCACGUGCGUGGACGUGCGCUGGCGCUGGAUGUGCCUGCUCUUCUCCUGCUCCUUCCUCGCCUCCUGGCUGCUCUUCGGCCUGGCCUUCUGGCUCAUCGCCUCGCUGCACGGCGACCUGGCCGCGCCGCCGCCGCCCGCCCCCUGCUUCUCGCAGGUGGCCAGCUUCCUGGCCGCCUUCCUCUUCGCGCUGGAGACGCAGACGUCCAUCGGCUACGGCGUGCGCAGCGUCACCGAGGAGUGCCCGGCCGCCGUGGCCGCCGUGGUGCUGCAGUGCAUCGCCGGCUGCGUGCUCGACGCCUUCGUCGUGGGCGCCGUCAUGGCCAAGAUGGCCAAGCCCAAGAAGCGCAACGAGACGCUCGUCUUCAGCGAGAACGCCGUCGUGGCGCUGCGCGACCGCCGCCUCUGCCUCAUGUGGCGCGUGGGCAACCUGCGCCGCAGCCACCUCGUCGAGGCCCACGUGCGGGCCCAGCUGCUGCAGCCUCGAGUGACCCCGGAGGGUGAAUACAUACCGCUGGACCAUCAGGAUGUGGACGUGGGCUUUGAUGGUGGCACCGAUCGCAUCUUCCUCGUGUCUCCCAUCACCAUCGUGCACGAGAUCGACUCUGCCAGUCCUCUGUAUGAACUAGGACGUGCCGAGCUGGCCCGGGCCGACUUCGAGCUGGUGGUCAUUCUCGAGGGCAUGGUUGAGGCCACGGCGAUGACCACACAGUGUCGCUCUUCCUACCUCCCUGGUGAGCUGCUCUGGGGCCAUCGUUUUGAGCCAGUCCUCUUCCAGCGUGGCUCCCAGUACGAGGUCGACUAUCGCCACUUCCAUCGCACUUAUGAGGUGCCAGGGACACCCGUCUGCAGCGCCAAGGAGCUAGACGAACGGGCAGAGCAGGCUUCCCGCAGCCCCAAGUCUAGCUUCCCUGGCUCCCUGGCUGCAUUUUGUUAUGAGAAUGAACUUGCUCUGAGCUGCUGCCAGGAGGAAGAUGAGGAAGAGGAAGCCAAGGAGGGGGACGAGGGGGAGGCAGAAGAUGAAGCUGCCAGCCCCCGAGUACUCACACCAACCCUGGCACUGACCCUGCCCCCAUGAAAUCAGCUGGUGUCUCCCUAUUUGUACCCCCUUCCCAGAGGUAGCAAGAUGGAGAGAUCAGGCCCUCUCCUGGGAUGGCGGCAGGUGUUUCCCAAGACCAGACAGGCCUGCUGGGUAAAUUAUUAGCUGGUGAAGUUCUGCUAUGCUUAGUGGACCCACCACGGACGUACUGGACCUUAAUUCCACUGCGUCCCAUGCUCCCUCCUGAGACCCCUUUGUCAGCCCGAUUCCUGAGUCUCACCAGAGCUGAGGGAUCCAGAAUUCUGGACCACCCAAGAGGCAAGAACUGGUCGUUCUAGAUUCCUCUAUGUGGCUGGCUUAGGUUGUUGAGCAGGUCAGGAAUCAGUGGUAUAGACGGCCUCUGGGGGAGGAGGUCGACAGUUAUUGAGCAGCAAUAGAGAUCAAGAGUCUGUAGGUCUGGAUUGACCAGAGAUUCAAGGGACUGUUGCUUCUAGACUCAGCCAACCAAGUAGCAAAUGAUUUUUUCUACACCACCUAAGGAGGGAAGGUUACGCCCUGCUUGGGUGGCCCUCCUUAAGAAUGUCUGAAGAAUUCAAGACUAUCUUGAUUGACCAAUGUCAAGGAAUGUUGACUGCAAGUCAAGAAAGGACCUUGUGGUUCCAGAAAGCCCAAGAGUUGAGAUUCUGUGAAUCUAGAUUGAAUGCAGAGGCAAGGACUGGUCAUUCUAGAACAGCUUUGAUCUAGAGAGUUGACAUACUCCAGAAACUAGAGUUAUGUUUCUAGAAUGCACAAAACAAUGGUGAGUCUGUGGGUCUAGAAGGACUGAAGUGAGAGAUGAGGAGUUCUUGAUGCCGGGUAACUCCGGACCACUGGCUGUAGGACAUCGGAGCAAGGGGAUAAUCAAUGCUUCUAAAUGAUCCGCAGGGUUUUUUUUUAAGUGCCAUUCUAGAAUGUCCAAAGGAAUCAGGAUUCUGUGGCUCUAGAUUGAUCACAGAGUCAAGGAAGGUGUGAUGAUCCUAGAUAUGUCUGAGAUUUGCUGGUUCCAGUUUGCCCAAAGGACUUGAGAAUCUCGAUGAUUCUAGACGACUUCUUUGUGGUUCUGUAAUGCCAAAGAAUCAAGGCUCCAGGGGUCCAGAGUUGUCCAUUAUCAAGACCUGGAAGUUCUAAUCAGCUCCUAGAAUUUGGCAGUUCUGAGGUAGACUCAGGACUCGAGAGACAGCAUUUCUGGGCUGACCUAGAAGGUGUGGGUAACAGGGCUACUUAUUGGGCAAGAAAAGGGAGAGGCCCAAGGCUGGUGAGUCUGCAGUGCUCUGGAAUCCUGCACCUGGCGAUGUGUG